CGCAGUCGCAGUCGUCAACAUAGCUCAGUCCGGUUUUGGAGCCCCCAACGUUGAGCGCGACUCGCGGAUUGCAGCAGUAGUUGUUGUUUUUAUCGUUGUUGAUAUUUAUUGUUGCCGUUGCCGCUGCCGCUGCCUAAAAAAUCCCAUUUCCCCAUAAAUAUCCAAGUGCGUCUCCGUGUGCAUGCGAAAAAAUUAAAUAGCCGACGGCUCUCAAGUGCAUUUUGUGUGCGAAUUUCAAAGUAACCAAAAAGAAGAAUAUAUCUAUAAACAGAUGCAGCUGAAUAAAACUAAAUAUACGAUCAAUAGUGUCCAAAACUGAACUGGAAACGAACCUGGUUGCUGUUGCUACUCGUCUUAAGGGGCAACAACUCGGCGUAAUUGAAAUUGAAUCUCUGCUUGGUGGAGGCGUUAACUAGACGAGACGAGAACGACCAGGAUGGUGCUUGUGCUGAAUGGUGUGCUGCAGGAUGACUGCCCGAUGGACACAAACAGCCUGUUCCUGCAGCAUCCUGUCUACAGAGAUUAUGCACAGCAGCUGCAUUCCAUACAGGCCAAGUCUGUCGGCCCAGUGGGCCUGCUCUAUGUCGGACAGCGGGAGCUGGCCGCUGCCGCACCACACGACAAGAACAUCAACAUCAUUGGGGCCGACGAUGCCACCACCUGUAUUAUUGUUGUUGUGAGGCAUUCAGGCUCUGGCGCGGUGGCAUUGGCGCAUUUCGAUGGCAGCGGCGUGGAUGAAGCCGUUUGCACAAUGGUGUCGCGUGUCCAGGAGCUGGCACUGGGCUAUCCGGAAGGACGCAUUGAAUUGCAGCUGAUUGGUGGCUAUCGGGACUCGCAAGGCUAUGGCGAGGAUGUCUUCUAUAGCAUUAUGCAAUCAUUCCACAAGCAUCACCUCGAAAUCGAUUUGACGCAGGCUUGCGUGGGCGAGCUGAACACAAUGCUGCGCGGCGAGAUCAAUUGCCCCAUCAUCUAUGGUGUGGGCGUCAACAUCAAGACUGGCGAGAUUUUUCCGGCCUCCUUCCCGGACCGGGGACCCGAUCGACAGCUGCGCGACGCGCGCAUCUUUAUGGGCUCACAGACGGUGCUGGACGUUUAUGACUCAACGCUGGGCAUGCUGCGCAUCGGACCCUUCAAUUAUGAUCCAUUGCGCGGCGCCGACUUGUGGCUGUCGCAAACAGAUGAGUUUCUGCUGCAGCAUUUGUCCUCCAGUCCCGACGUGGAGCCGCCGCACUUUGCGCCCCAGAUGCGUGCCACCAUUCGAUUUAUACAGGAGAACCAGUUUCCCGCUGUCACCGUUUUCAGGGAUAAUCGACCCCGUUAUUAUAGACGCGAUGAUGCCACGGGCUGCUGGGUUUUGGUUCGAGAUUGAGUUCGGAUAUAUAUUCAAACGUAUAUACAUAUAUAUAUAUAUAUAUACAUAGAGAACACCGUUUGGAAUGCGCCUUAUUAAUGGAUCUGAAAGUAAAACGAUAUAUUAUUGUGUAUGCAUAUAUGUAAAUAUAUAUAUGUAUGUAAUUCUUAUUAACAGAAUUGAAACGAAAUAUUUAAAAGAGAUUCUUAGCUAAAUAUAUAUACACAAUAUGUAAGCGAAAUAUUUAAAUGCAAUCAUCUUAGUUUUUAAACUGUAAACUGUAAUCAAACUUAAUGAAAUUAAAAAUGGCUUGGCUAUUCGUACAUACAUACCACAAAAUAA